UCACGCAUUGUUAUGGUACAGUUCAAAUAAAACAUGUCAUUAACAAGGUCGUUUGUAAUAAGAGUAGGAAGCUAUUAACGUAGUACAAUACGAUAUCUUGUAAAGCGAUUAGGAUCAUUUGUGGUAAUACAAAAUAAGAAAAGAUAACAGCGCCAAUUUAUGAAAUCCUGUCUCCCGACUUUGUAACUUUAUGUUCAGUUGUUUUGUUUCAACGUUUUAGGGUAAUUACUUACAAUUUUCGUGGAUUAUCCAUUUAUAUUUCAACAAGUCAUGAAAAAUCGGCAUAAUUAUAGUGCAAAAUGGCCGAGAAGAGUUAUGUGUUGGGCAUGGACAUUGGAACGACAUCAGUGAAAUUUUGUGUUUACGAUCCAAACACAAAGGAAAUUGUUGCUAAGCAGAAUAAGGAUACGGCGGCAAACAUACCAAGUGAUCAAGGUAUUGAAGGCAACAAACAAGAUGUGCCGAAAAUAGUAUCAGCUGUUCACUAUUGCAUAUCGCGUCUACCAAGAGACGUAUUGCGAAAUGUUACAAAGAUUGGGGUCUGUGGUCAAAUGCACGGAGUUCUGCUAUGGAAGGAUGGGGCUUGGGAAAAAGUAGAAAAAGACGGAGUAGUGAUGCGAUAUGAAGCAAAGAGAGAAAAUAUGUCAGCGUUAUAUACUUGGCAAGAUAUAAGGUGCAAACCAGAAUUUUUAGAUUCACUGCCAAAACCUGAUUCACAUCUUAAUUGUUAUUCUGGAUACGGAUGCGCGACUCUCCUUUGGAUGCUAAAGCACAAGCCUGAGAAACUGAAAAACUUCCAAUAUUCUGGAACCGUCCAAGAUUUUGUUGUUGCUAUGCUUUGCGAUUUAGAGACACCUAUAAUGUCCGACCAAAAUGCUGCAAGUUGGGGCUACUUUAACACUGAAAAGAAUGAAUGGAAUAUCGAUAUUUUACAAUCUGUUGAUUUUCCAGUCAGGUUAUUACCUAAGAUUAAUAAAAGUGGCGAAUUUGCAGGAAAUUUAAAAGCCUCUUGGAAUGGAAUUCCGGAAGGAACGCCUGUGAGUGUUGCAAUGGGUGAUUUACAAUGUUCAAUUAUUGCUACUCUCGAAAGCAAAGAGGACGCUGUACUAAACAUAUCAACAUCAGCUCAACUUGCAUUUGUAGUGAAUAACGUGUCAGAUUUAGACUGUAAAACAGUCGAACAUUUGCCAUAUUUUGAUAACACUUAUUUGGUAGUUGCUGCAUCUUUAAACGGAGGUAACGUGUUGGCCACAUUUGUAAAAAUGCUGCAGCAAUGGAUGCUUGAGUUAGGAUUUCCUACCCCACAAGCUAAGGUAUGGGAAAAACUUAUUAGCUUGGGCUUAGAAGCUCAGACAUCGACCAUGCAGAUAACUCCUCAUUUACUAGGCGAAAGACAUUCGCCAACUGCUAAGGCUUCAGUAGAAAAUAUUGAUCUCUCUAACAUAAACCUGGGAAGUGUAUUUAAAUCUCUCUGUGACAGCUUAAUACAAAACUUACACCACAUGAUGCCUAAAGAAAUUCUGCGGAAUGCCAAUGUAAAACGAAUUGUGGGAAAUGGUUCAGGAUUGUCUAGAAAUGCUGUUUUGCAAAGAGCUGUUGAACAUUACUACAGUUUACCCUUAGAAUUCACGUCUGGGGGAGACGCAGCGAAAGGCGCUGCUAUUGCCAUUAUAUAGUAGACUUGUUAACUAACGCUAUUUUUUAUUUAUUUUAUUUAAUUGCAAUAUUGCAAAAUUAUAUAAUUUAUCUUGUAUUUGUACAGUAAAAGAGAGUACAUUGAGUAUUUUAUAUGGACUCGGUAAAAGUUGCCUUUUCCGAGUUCUAUAUUUCUUGUUAUAUGCCGCUCAUCUUGCAAUUAAUUAUUUUAGAGUCUAUCGUUUGUCGCUGUAUGGUUUGUUUAUUUUAAGCAUAUGUAUUUUGCGGGAUUGUGCUAAUUUCUCUCCCAUUCAAGUCACGAUUUGUGAAAUAUCAAGCAAUAAAGUGUUAAUUACCAUCAAAAAUUGCACGUCGUCACCCGAAGCUUGUUAAAUUAUCCUUAAUUGUAUAAGGAUUUUUUAAAGAAUAUAACAAUAGCAGAAAAGUUCAGCAGUUCUAAGUGGCCUAAUUUUUUACUUCCUGUAAGUUUUCGGAUUUUGAAAACAGUGCAUCUAACAGCAUUAUAAGAUUUAAGUGACUUCAAACUUGUUUAUGUGUAGUUUAUAUAGCUUCUUGGCCUACUGCAGUAACACCAGUUUUAAUGUAGAAACAAAGCUGCACUCAGCUACAAUAAAACUUUCCUUGAAGUACAAACUUUACCUCCUUAUAAUCUUAGAGUAGACACAAUUUAGUACACUAUAGUGUUAUGUAAACAACCCGUUUUUUAUAUCAUUGAUCUUUGUUCAUGCAAGGACAUAAAUUAAAUUAUGUUUAAUUUUAUUACGACAGCUGUUGUAUGGUUAUAUUUAUAGUUAUGUGUACUUGUAUUUUAAGUAUGUUAAUUUGUUAUUACCCCUCUCGUUUUUAUUAUGAGUUUAGACAAUGUUUCAUUUGGCAUUUCCUAUUUGUAUUAAUUAAUUAUUAUUACAGUGAACCAUUUCAUUGAAUUCUAUUACAUGACAAAUCAUUCCACUUCGUAAUUUGUUUGUAGGUAAAUUGUUUUUACAUGCAAAAUCAUUAUGUAUUAUUAUUAAAAAUAUAUAAAAUAAUUAUGUACCUAAGUAUUUUAGUUAACUUUUUAUGAAAAGAAACUACCUAACGGCGUCUACGAACGUGGUUAUUCAUCAAUCGUGUCACCCUAUUUCUCACAUUUAUUUUUAGAUUGCUACUACUUGGUAGUCUAUCGAGCUUCUUGGUAAUUGUCGUAGUUUGCCAGAUGGCAAUAAGUAUAAUUUUAUUAUUAUAGGUACGCAAAAUUGUAAUGGCCUGAUUUUGUAAUAAAAAAUGUUGAAAAUA